AUGGUAUGUCUUCUUGAACAAAAUGAGUCAGCUGUAGCAGAGCUGUACCCUCUCUUCAUCUUCAUCAGUUGCUCUGACUCUUCCUCCGUCUCCUCUGGCUGUGUUCGUCAGUGUUGUGGAUGUGUUGGUGUUUACCGUAGAACACAGACACAUCCCUCUUCGCUCAGACGGAAAAGCUCCAGGGACAGAGCCAAAAACCUGCCUCCAAAACUACAACACGACACCAGCCGCGAGAGAAGAAAGAGAGAGAAGUGUUUCCCUGCGGAGUUUGAGGAGUCUGAAGUGAAGAGGGGCCUGCUGCAGUAA